CUUAACAUUUAACAACAACACAAAAAUUAAUAAUAAUUAAAUGGUACAGUACGAACUACGAGUCUGUACUUCCAGAAUCUAGCUUGGCAAAAAUAAGGAACGUUGAUAACAAUCAUAACAUUAUUAUUCUUGUCACUUUUAUUCCAGGAUAUUUCGAACUUCUCCAGAGUCCCGAUGUCAUCCUUCUGGUGUGCUUGACAGAGCGAUUUUUCGUCCAUGACCAUGGUCCCUUGAACCGAUGAAGAAUUCAGGCUAUGUGCUCGCGCUUAAAUCUCGAAUCUGCAGCACGCACACUGCGAUUUGACUGCAAAUUCUGCAAUAUUCGCAAUAUUUCAAGUACUUCUUUGUAGUUUGCUCAGCUUUUACUACUCUGCAAAUUAAUUUGCGAAAUGCUCGCUGCCAGAGUAAGUUGCUCCCGGUGUGCUUUUGAUAUCUCCGCACCUUCCCGUGGAGUAUGGAGUGCAUCGCUAGACUCCUUGGGCUUGAUUAAUACACGGAAAAACGCGCUUUUGCAAAACUGGACUGGAACGACUUCGGUGUUUUGGGAACAGCGGAGAACCAAACUUAAUUUCCAACAUCCUCCUUCUCCGCACGCUCGAAAACGACGAAUUCUGCAUGUCACAAAACCCUUCUACUUUCCUUUGAAGCGACCGGUUAAUGAAAGCUGUGUCAAUCUUAUGCCACGAGACGAGCCUUUCCCUCUCAAUCCGCUGGAAUUUUUAUUAGCCAUGAGAGCACGCGAAGUUAUUGCUGAUGCCAAAUUAUUAGUGCUUGCCCAUACCAACCCGACUUCGAUAAAUACUUGGAAGACUUACCAAAAUAAGGUAUUUAAAACGGGCAUUCGACUUUGGAGAAUCUUCGACAAUCGUGUUUUAAUGGAGGCAACAAAAGGAACGAGAUUCGAGGUUAUGAAACCUUUUAUGCAGAACGAUUACCUGGAGACCAUUCUGAUUACAUCCCCAGAAUUGAAUUUCCAAGCCAUGGUCAAGGCUUUGAAGUUUUUCUCAUCGUAUGUACCGCUGCUGGCAAUCGUGGAAGGCAGUCGGGUUGUAUCGUAUCCGCAACUGCAGGCGUUUGCUAAAACAUACAAAGCCGGUAUCACGGGACUGCAUGCUGAAGUCAGUGCCAGUCUGUCCAGUCCGUUAUCUGUUUUGAGCCAAAACAUUCAACAUCCUUACUGGAUGCUAUCACGAAGUUUGGAUUACAUAUCAAAGAACCCUUCGUAGACGUAUUGUGUGUUUUCUGUGUAAUGAUUAGUUUUUUUCUUGAACUGUACUUCGUAAAAUGAGCACUUUUGGCAGGACCACAGCUGUUUAGAAUGGUAUUAAAAUUUUCAAAUUCAAA